GCAGGAGAGAAACAUUGCUUUUCCUCAAAUGAGGCUGCAAGAGAUUUUGGGGGUGCUGUUCAAGAUUAUUUUAAGUGGAAGGCUGACAUGACCAACUUUGAUGUGGAGGUGCUUUUGAAUAUCCAUGAUAAUGAAGUCAUUGUGGGCAUCGCAUUGACAGAAGAGAGUCUCCACCGAAGAAAUAUCACACAUUUUGGACCUACAACUCUAAGACCUACUCUUGCUUAUGGGAUGCUCCGGCUCUGUGCUCCUCAACCUUCUGAUAUAGUAGUUGAUAUGAUGUGUGGAACAGGGGCAAUACCAAUAGAAGGGGCUACUGAAUGGUCUAACUGCUUUCAUAUUGCUGGUGAUAAUAAUCCACUGGCUGUGAAUAGAGCAGCAAAUAACAUCUCAUCUUUACUGACCAAGAGCCAAAUUAACGAAGGCAAAUUGUCCUGGGGCUUGCCCAUAGAUGCUAUUCAGUGGGAUAUCUGCAAUCUGCCAUUAAGAACUGGCUCUGUGGACAUUAUUGUAACAGACAUACCAUUUUGGAAAAAAGGAUGGACUCCAAGAAAAGAAACUGGAACCUUUACCCAGCUUGCCUAUGGGAGAUGAGCCAUAUCUGUAAACCAGGGACAGGCCGAGCUGCACUACUUACUUAGGAGAAGAAAUGCUGUACAAAGGCAUUAUCUGGAAUGGAACAUGUAUGGUGGAAAGUGCACACUGUCUGGGUGAACAUAGGUGGUCUUCCUGUUGCAGUUUACCUUCUGAACUGUACACCUCAAGCUUUUGUUCAUCCUUCAGGACAGGAUAAAGAGGAACUUCU